GUGCUAUCAUCCAACGUGAUUUGCGGUAAUUUCAGUAAACCCAUGCAGAAGUGUCAACGAUAGAUUGGUGAGUUGCUUGAAAAGUAAUCCACCUCAAAAAGGAAUGGAAUCCCAACUGCUAGACAUAAGCAAAAAAUGAGCAACAAUUGCACUCAAUGGAUUUAUUGCCACGAUGUGAGAAACAAAUGCAAAGUGUCGCCUAACUAGCAGCGAAAUGCUAGUUUGCAACCGCCAUAACUUAGCUAGCUCGCUAGGUACGUUAGCUCACUUAGCUUGUUUUGGUUAGCUUGUUAGCAUGCUAACUGGAUAGGUUUGACAGCAAUCAAGAAUUGACAUGGACAUUUUAGCCAAGGUGCUGUUAUUUGGAUAGCAACAUACAGUAGCUAUACAAUAUUUGAGUACCAGGUUAUUAGCAUCGCUAGUUAACGUUAUCUAGCUAGGUAAAGUUAGCUUACCUACCGUGUGCAUUGCUAGCUACUAUAGUUGUCAACAGGAAAGACUUCCUACACUAAUAACUCAACUUAAGCGGUCAUCUCCUGAUCUAACGUUGAUAUUGGUUAGAGAGAAUGGAGAACCACCUUUGACGGUCCAGUUUUUUUUGUUAUACUGGUAAUUAGGUACUAUAGCUAACUACUCAAAUUGCAAACUUGAGUUAUAGUGUCUCUAAAGCAUAAAAACAAUGUGGCUCCAGCAAAGACUAAAGGGCCUACCAGGUCUGCUGUCAAGCAGCUGGGCUAGAAGAAUGCUCAUUGGACUGCUGUUUUUCCUAAUCUUCUACUGGUACCUUAGCUCAGACGGCGCUUUGAGGUUGUUCAGUGGCUUAGGUCAGUCGGGCGGGCCAGCUGGACAAUGCCUCCAGACUGAGAUCCACAGGUGGAAGUCACUGGUGGACCGGGGUGAGGGAAUCUACACUACUCCCCAGGAGAAAGCAGUCACGCCUUUCGUCUCAGGUAACGGCCAUUUCCUGGUGGACAUUGACUCCAACAGACUGUGGGUGGCCUCGUCCUCCCAGCCCGGCUCGGCCCCAGUUUACCAGACUGAGUACUCACCCAUAGUGGGCAUCCACGUCCCGGGGAUGCGGGCCAAGGCGAGGGCCACCAUGCUCUGGUUCCGCAAAGGGGCUGUCCUGUCCGUCCGAUGCGUCCUCCCAGGGGGAGCCGGCAGCUCCGGAUCAGCUCGUGACUGCCUCACCAUCCGAGAAGAGUUCAUCGCCCACCGCAGCCGGCCCAAUGUCUUCCUCCAGAGGAUCCACAUCAACAACCCCUCUGAGCGGGCCGCCACCAUGGAGGUGUCCACCGAAAUGCCCUCGUUCGGGAGCAAGUUCUCAGCCAGUGUGGAGAAGGUGGAGGACAAGGAGGUCGUGCUGUCAUCGGGCCGCGUGGUUCUGCCUGAGAAGAACCAGAUAGUGCUGGUGGUGGUGGCCACCAAUAAGCUUGGCAGCCGCAUCCAGGUGGCUGCCAAGUCAGAGUUUGCCGAGAAUGUGUUGUCGGUGGUGUGGAUGUCGGAGCCCAUCGAGUCGGCCAAGCUGGAGGAGACCUUCACCAGGCUCCGAGACGGAGCCAAGAAAGAACUGGGAGAGCUGCUGAGGGCCAACGUAGAAGAUCUGGUCCAGGACCACCAACAGGCCUGGAUGGACCUCUUCAUCUCUGGGGUGGAGAUGCGUAAGAUCACUGACGCACACACGCCAUCCAGCGCCACAGUCAACACCACGCUCUACUACGUCCUCUCGGCCUCGCCGGCUCCCCUGCUGGACCGCCGUCUUGGCACUGAGGAGCGCGCCCGUCUGGAGUCCAGCCUCAACUACGCCGACCACUGCUUCAGCGGGCAUGCCACAAUGCACGCUGAGAACCUGUGGCCGGAGCGGGUCAGCAGCGUGGCCCAAGUCCUGCAGCUGGUCAACCUGUGGACCCUCACCCUGCAGAAGAGGGGCUGCAAGGUGCUGGUGGCGGCGGGCGCCCACGGCGUUAUGCAGGGUGCCGUGCUCAGCUUCGGAGGCCUCUCAUUCAACGAAAACCACCUUCAGUUCCAGGCAGACCCGGACGUGCUGCACAACAGCUACGCGCUGCGUGGAAUCCACUACAACCAGGACCUGAUCAACCUAGCUGUGCUGCUGGACUCCGAGGGCAAACCCUUUCUGCACGUGUCAGUCAAGCCCCAGGAGAAGCCCGUGGCACUGUACGCCUGCGAGGCGGGCUGCCUCAACGAGCCGGUGGAGCUGACGUCGUCGCUGGUGGAGGCCAAGGGCCACGUGUUCCCUGUGAUGGUGACGCAGCCCAUCACUCCGCUGCUCUACAUCUCCACGGACCUUCGCCACCUGCAGGACCUGCGGCACACGCUGCACCUCAAGGCCAUCCUGGCACACGAGGAGCACAUGGCCAAGCAGUACCCGGGCCUGCCCUUCCUCUUCUGGUUCAGCGUGGCUUCACUCAUCACCCUCUUCCACCUCUUUCUCUUCAAGCUAAUCUACAAUGAGUACUGGGGCCCCGGCGCCAAGCCCCUCUUCAGGAGCAAGGUGACGAAGCCAAGUGAGGAAAUGGAAGCUUAGGAAGCAGCCAUGACAUCACAGGUGCAGAGUAGCAGCCAGCGAAUUACAUUGCCAUAAAGUAUGUUACUGUUCAUGUCAUCUGAUUGGGGUCAUUAUUUGAUAAUGAUAUUUGUGUUGAGAUGGUCAAUGUGUUGAUUUGACUUUCGACAUGUUGGAGCUGAAUUCAGAGAAAAAAGCUCACAUUGCCUGAUGAGGUCUUUCAUUGGCAAGGCAAGUGAAAGUCUGUCAUUCUUUACAGUGCUUCCGUUCAUUUUGGCAGGGCGACCUGUCGGUUUGAAUGAAUACCAUCAUCAUUCACAUUAUUGGUCCUGUUGGUAAAUGUUAAUAUCCAUCCUUGCUUUCUUACAUGGAAGUCUAAUAUGGUCUAAAAUGAUUGCAUUGGUAAAGGGUUCCACUAUCUAGCUUUCACCAGUGUUGUUGUUACAGGGGAUGGAUUUUCUAAUAAUUUAAAAAGGUCCAUUUCCUAUACCCCUGUCUAUUUUCUGCCAAGCUUAAUAUAGUCAAAAUUAAGUAUAAAAAAAAUCUGAGGAUCAGCUUGUGCCGAGCAAGUGUCAAUUUAGUCUAAAGACCCAUUGAUAUCAAACUGAUGCUAAAUUAGCAGGUCCGUCCGGCAGUGUGCAUUGAUUGGGUCUUAAUUUCCUAGUGGAAAAAGUGAGUCAUCUUGGUGAAUUGCUCUGAGUCUGCCACUCAAUGCACUUCUUCAAGACCUCUGCUUCUGAACACCAAACAUUGCUAAGGUGACCAAAAUAUAUUAACUUCCUGAUCUUUUCCUGUCCCUUUACGGGAGAUGUAGUAGUCAUAGAAGUAAAAUCCUAGAAUAGGGAUAUAAUUUAUAUGGUUCUAGUCACUGCUUUGUGCUGUUUCUACCAUAUAGAAUUCUGGAAUAUGUGAGUUUCCCUUCCCUGUUUUUCAUGACAUCUCAUGACUGAAAUGAUUGGCACCCUUCAUAAAGAUGGUAUAUUGUGUUUGCAUUUUUUGUUGUUGAAAUUAUAUUUUAUACUAAUACAAUCUCUGAAUUUUUUGUUUUUUUAAUAAGUAAUACAAAAUAUAUAAAAGAUGGGUCAAUUUUUGGCACCCGUUUUCAAUACUCCGUUACCCUCCCCUUGUGAGGAUAACAGCACUGAGCCUUUUUAGGUACUGGGUUAUUUUCUGCUUAUCACAUCCUCCUUUCAAUACCAAACCCACCACUGGUGUGUGUGGCCAAAGAGCUCUAUUUGCAUGUCAUCUGAACAUAGCACUGGUUCCAAUCCAAGUCAGUGCCAAUGCCGUUUAACAAACUCCAGACAUUUAUUGAAUGACAUGAAAAUAGAGCUCUUUGGUCACGCACACCAGUGGUGGGUUUGGUGUCAAAAGAAGGCUGUGAUGAGCAGAAAAAACCUCAUACCUGCUGUAAAAUAUGGUGGUGGAUCUUUUUUUAUGGGCCUAUUUUGCUUCCACUGGUUAGGGCCUACAGCAUCAUGAACUUUACCCAGUAUCAGGACAUUUUAGCCAAAAACCUGGUUUCCUCUGCCAGGAGGCUAAAACUUGACCGCAAGUGGAUCUUCCAGCAAAACAAUAACCCCAAGCACACAUCAAAUUACACAAAGAAAUCUUUAAUUUAACACAAAAAUGUUUUAUUGCAAUGGCCAUCGCAGUCUCUGGACCCCAUUUGAAAACCUGUGGUAUGAAUUGAAGAGGGCAGUCCAUAAGAGUAGACAAAGGAUAUCAAGCUCUAGACUCUAUUAUGCAAAUUAAUCUACCAUGAUUGAGUGAAUUUAUGCGCUUAAUGUUGUUUUUAAAUUCUCCAAAAUUACUAGAUAAACUGAGUCUACCAAUCUGAUUUGUUGUGAAGUGUGAAUUGUUUUCUUGUUCUUAUGUAUUUUUCAUCUUUGUUCAUAUAGAAUUUAAGGGCUUUUUUGAAUCCGUUAUUUUGAUUGUAACGAACUACUGAGUGUGCCUUUUUAAAAUUAAUUUAUUCUGAUUACACCUACAGUUUGGUUGGAUUGUACUUGAAUAUAAUGUGAUUUGAGAGAAAAUAAAAAUGUAUGUGUAUGUUAUUGUAAAUUGAUUUGGAUAAAUUACAAAUGUAUACAUAAAGAUUUUGAAUUAUACGUUUGUAAAUGUGUUCAAUUAAAGUAUGUUGUCAGAGAAAUUGUUAAACUAUUUUGUCAAAUCUAUGAAGUUCUAUUUGUAUUCAACAGUGAUUGACUUGGGCCGGAGCUGUCUGAAACGCUGUACCUUCUCUUCUAGUUUUGGGGGAAUUGCGUACCUGCUCCUCUGAUCAGAGCUGAAUGAAUAGCAAUGGAGAGUGGUCAUUCAUUUCCUCAUUCCGCUUUGUUCCGGUGUAUUUGCCGCUAGUAUGUGAAUCUGUGAAAGACCGUAUGUUGUUGGAGAUUACGCAAAUUGAUAAUGUGCCAGACUGAAUGACAUGAUGCACUGUUCCAAGUUGUCAAAUGAGGGUUUGCAAGGUCAUGGAAAUGAAUUAAAUAAUUGUUUUUAAUGUAGUUCAUGAAAGCACACUUUUAAAUAUAAACUACAUAUCAGCCAUUAUCGGAAUGGCCCUUCAGUGUAUGUCUGUCGUGCUGUGUGCCAGUGUGAGUGGUCCGUUGCCCGAGGAGUGGGAGCGCGACGUUUCAACAGCAGGUAGAAAAUAAUGACUGUGACCUAACUAGAUCACCAAUUCAAAAUGUAAUUGUUGCAGUUAUCUCGCUACUUAAUUAUAGCGAACUAGGUAUUAAUUUAAUUGUUGCCUUUCCACCGGCACUGUAGAGCCUAAAUAAAUAUGCACCGUUGGAAAGCUGGGAUUCCCCUCUAUUAAAUACUAAUGUAAUUGCAACGUUAAAAAUAUACGAAUAGCGUAAUUGACAAAUAACUUUCUGUGCAUAGAUCUCCCCCGAAACAUUACAUAUAAAAACAUGUCUAGUUAGCUUGAUUUGAAGCAGUGGCUUGUAUUCAUGGAUGCCAAGGGAAGCCAGGCAUCCUCAUUUUUUAAUUUUUAGAUAAAAUAACUUUGCUUUCGUCUCUUUGUUUUCAUAAUUUCCCUUCAAUUCGCAAGAAGCUGAAUGUAUCUCUCAGGAGAAAGAUUCCUGAGCAUCGAAACAGAGCCCCCUUUGUCUCUACGUGUAGGCCAUCUAUCUGAUGCUGUAUGGUAGCGUUGAAGGCAAGGAAAGCCAGCGAGCAUUUUGCCUCACUUGAUAAAAAAAAUUAAAAGUAUAAAAAGAUCUGCUUUGAUCUUAAACUGGCACACCAAAAAAACGUGUCAUGGGAAGCCAGCUUGGAUUUUGAACCCAUUGAGAGCAUAAAUAAUUGAUAGGAAAAACUUGAAUUGUUGCAUCUCAUUGUAUAUUGUUUUUUUUCUUCUGGUGGCUAAAAUUGUCCCUUUCCUAAAUUAUCCAUGGAUGGAGAUAGAGAUUUUGACUUAAUUCUCCAUACUGACCAAUGAGCAUAAUAACGGAGAUUCUGAUCCAAUGAUUAAUUCGUACAUUGUUGUGCCCCUGGCCUGAGAUGAUGGAAAUUCAAUACGUAGCUAGAUGUAGAAGGCUAAUGUUAACUAGCUAACGUUGCUCAUGAAUGGAAGUUAGGCUAGCGAGCAAGCAUUUUAGCCAUGUUGCCAAGGACAACAAAAACUAAAAGCUUGUACUGUAUGACAGAGUGAUAGACCGUUUCGUCAACAUGAAAGAGAGGAUGACGGCAUUGGCAUUGGCAUUUCUCUACAAGUAGGGUGAGUCAAACAUGUUUUUCUACUUACAGGAACGCGCAAGCGCACACCAGUGGCGACCUGUCAUUCAGGGCAGGUGGGACAGAGCCCCACAUUUUUGGCAAAAAAAUUGUUUUCAUGUUAUUUUGGUAUUAAUAUUUUGCAAACAAUGUACAAAAAAAUAUAUAUAUUGAGUUAAUAAAGCUGCAUACAAA